UCUCUCUUGUUUACAGUCUGUAUUCGAUUUCUCUCUUUUUUUGACAAAUAGGCAAACCAUUUUAAAACGUUACAGAAUAAGGAACUGUCAACUCGCUGGAUUUAAAAAAUAGGCAUUUUAGCAGCUCAGGAUGGCUUUGGUCCCCUAUGAUGAGAAUGUACUUCCUGCUCUGUCAAAGCUUCACCAGACUUCAGCUGAAUUUAAUCUGGCCAAUCACAGGAUCAGACUCAGCCAGGACUGGAAGCGAUUGGGUGUCGCUGCUGUGGUCUGGGACGCAGCUGUAGUGCUCUGCAUGUUUCUGGAGAUGGGAAACGUGGAUCUGAAAGGAAAGAAGGCUAUUGAGCUUGGAGCCGGCACAGGUUUGGUGGGCAUUGUAGCUGCUCUCCUUGGAGCCAAUGUGACAAUUACGGACCGAGAACCUGCCUUGGAAUUUCUGACUGCCAAUGUGCGUGAAAACAUUCCUCCCAGCCAGAAGGGGGCGGUACAGGUAUCUGAACUUACCUGGGGUGAGAAUCUAGAUCUGUAUCCCUCAGGCAGCUUUGAUCUGAUACUGGGAGCCGACAUUGUUUACCUGGAAGAGACGUUUCCCGCUCUCCUGCAGACUCUUGAACACCUGAGCUCGGAGAACACGGUCGUGGUGUUGUCCUGUCGGAUCCGAUAUGAGAGAGAUGAGCGGUUCCUGAUGGAGCUACGGCAGAGGUUCUCUGUGCAGGAGGUUCAUUAUGACUCUCAAAGGGACAUUCACAUUUACAGAGCCGUGAAGAACAGGACCAACGCCGAACUGAGCCUUUCUCUGACGUCAGUGGCAUCAGAAGGUUUACCCCUGAUUGGUCAAAACUGAAGUCAUGCUGGUACUGAGACUCACUAAUCGCAAAAUUAGCAUUGUAAUUACGGUAAGCGUCUGUCUCAAACACAUGGAUGUGAUCUUUCACUCCUAUACGAUAAAAAUCUUUUGUGAAAUCUGUCGUGUUUUAUAGCUCUUGACAGUGGAAAAGAGCACUUUGCCCUUAGUAAUCUUAUGUUAUCUUGAAUGUUAUAUUACCUUGAAUUCUUUUUGUUAGAAUAAACUGGAAAUGGUU